AAACUAAAUCUAAACAGAAGGGAUAAAGAAUAUUUUGAAUAUAUUAAAAUAUUAAUUAUUUUUAUUUUUAAUAUAUAUGAAAUAUAAUUUUAAAUAAAAAUAUUCAAAAAAUCUGAACUACCCGAAUUACCAAAUAUUUUUUUUCGGUUUUUCUGGAUUUAACUCGGGUUUUCAGGAUUUUUUUCAGUUUAUUGGACUUUAAACCCGAACCAAACCGAAUUAUUUAUAAUACGGUUUCACUUCAGAUUUUAUAAAAAUAUAGAAACCCGACCGGAACCCGAUAUUACCCGAAGCAAAAAAUGUCCGGUUCCUAAACGGUUCCUAAACAUCCCAACCCGAAUAACCUAAAAACCGAAUAAACCGAACCGAUCCGAACCGAAAAUCCGAAUGCCCAUGACUAGGGACGGGCAUGCUCCCAUGUGCAAACUUCAAAACAAUUUUUUUUUACUAAGACUUCAAAACACUUUAAACACGACUUUGCCACUUCUAAGUGGUUCUUCACAUUCCCAGGGGUUUAUUAUAUGAUCGUUUGAUAAAACAACUAAUAAUGUUAAUGCAAAUAUGAUUACGAUAAGAUUGGGUAGUCCAUCCGUAUCUACCUCUGGUGUCCUUUUAUUAUUAGAUCGUUCGGUAAACAACUAAUAAUGUUAAAUGCAAAUAUGAUUACGAGAAAUAUUGGGUAGUCCAUCCGUAUCUGCCUCUGGUGUCCUUUUAUUUAAAACUGUAAAUAUUCUUCUUGUAGUCCAGAAGCAUUUUCUUUUAUUUAAAAUUAUAAAUGUGUUCGUCCUACAUAUGGUUUAACUCAAAAAAGUCAAAGAAAACAAUGGGGAACAAGUUGUUGUUGCUGCUGCUUCUACUUCUUUCUCUUGUGCAUGCUUAUUCAGGAGAAUUUACAGUCAGAUAUCUUCCUGGUUUCCAAGGACCUCUUCCUUUUGAGCUUGAAACUGGGUACAUUGGUGUUGGUGAGGCAGAAGAAGAUCAGUUGUUCUACUACUUCAUCAAAUCUGAGAGAAACCCAUCAGAAGACCCUCUUCUUAUCUGGUUAACCGGAGGACCUGGCUGCUCUUCUCUCUCUGGCCUUAUUCUUGAAAAUGGACCUCUGGCUUUCAAUAUUGAGUCUGACAGUGGAAACAUCCCAUCAUUGGUAUCUACUACAUAUUCAUGGACUAAGGUGGCGAAUAUAAUCUAUUUGGAUCAGCCUGUUGGUACUGGCUUCUCUUACUCAAGAAACCGACUUGCUAAUAUACCAAGUGACACAGGAUCAGCUAAGCGGGUCCAUGAGUUUGUUCGUAAUUGGCUAGCCAAGCAUCCUGAAUAUUUCUCCAACCCUUUUUAUGUCGCCGGAAAUUCUUAUUCCGGUAAAGUGGUUCCAGCUGUUGUUCAAGAAAUCUCAAUUGGAAAUGGUUUAUGCUGUAAACCUCAAAUAAAUCUUCAGGGCUACGUGCUGGGAAAUCCUGUAACAGACUAUGUUGGCUAUAACUGGCGCAUUCCAUUUGCUCAUGGAAUGGGUUUGAUCUCUGAUGAAAUCUAUGAGUCGCUAAGGAGAAUCUGCAGAGGAAAUUUUGCUAAAGUGGAUCCUCAUAACACAGAAUGCAUGAAUCUCGUUGAAGAGUUUGAGAAGUGUGUUUCUGGAUUAGAUUGGUCAUAUAUUCUAGGACCAAAGUACAUAAACCCGUCUGACCCCGAUGACGCCAACCCGCUUGGGCAUCGCAUGAUUGUGCAGUCUAGCCGCUGGACCAAUGAGGAGAGUGUGCGCAGAGCCCUUCAUGUGGAGAAGGGGACUAUCGGAGAAUGGUCACUUUGUGAUCGGGAAUUACCUUUCGAGUCUGACAUUGAAAGCAGUGUACCAUACCAUAAGAACAACAGCAUCCAAGGAUAUCGAUCUCUCAUCUUCAGUGGUGAUCACGACAUGGGUGUUCCUUUCCUUGCAACUCAAGACUGGAUAAGAUCACUCAACUAUUCAAUUGUUGACGAAUGGAGGCCAUGGAUGGUUCACAAUCAAGUCGCUGGAUACACAAGGACUUAUGCCAAUAAGAUGACAUUUGCCACUGUGAAAGGCGGGGGGCACACGAUAGCGUAUAAACAAGAGGAGUACUCCGUUAUGUUCAAGAGAUGGGUUAGUGGCCAACCUCUGUAAUAGCCUAUCAGCGAUCUGAUAACAAAAUGAAAAGAAAAAAAAAACAGCAAGAUCUUUAUAUGGUGAUGUCUACGUAAUUUAUCUUUGUAACUGAGCCCAAGUUAUGGGGCAAUUUGUAUUAGUCGGCCGAACACUCAAAGACUUUUGCUAUACAUAGCAGCACUAGCUUUGUUGGUGGAUCUUAGUAGCGAACAUGGCUGGAUCUAAGAAUUAGAAGGCCAUAAAAAUUUUAAUGUUAAUCUUAAUUAAAAAAAUUAUAAGAAAA